GUUACUUGGCAGCAGACCUUAAAACACUCGUGGAACGAACAAUACAUGAGGGUGCAAUUAGGAAUUUACAAAACAAUAUCAAUGAAACUGAUUUUUUAUUAAUUCAUGAUUUCCGAAAAGCGCAGAAAGGGUUCGUUCCCUUUUCACUUCAGACAUUGGAAUCGCCUACAAAAUACGCGUCUAUUUUGGCUGAUUGUCCUCUUAGACUGUGGUCUGG